AUGGGUUGCAAAUUUUUAAACCAUCAUUUGAUGUUAAUUUUAUUAAUACAAUUGUUUCUUUGGGUUACAUUAUUUGUAAAUGGACAAUUUAUACCAGGACCUCGAUCGGGUCACACGGCAACUCACAUCGGAGAGAAAAUAUAUUUUAUAGGAGGAGCCAAUUUUUCAAAUACAAAUCAAGAAACUCAAGAAAGUGAUAUAUUUUAUUAUGAUGGAAAUAAACUAGCAUGGGUAGAAGUGAAUAGUCAAGUUAAUGGUCAAGGUGCAGAUCUGCCACCUAAAUUUGGACAUACAGCUAAUAUAGGAGUAGGAUCUAAACAAGAUUUGAUAUUUAUUAUAGGAGGUGACCGAUAUUCGAGAGAUAACAUAAUAUUUAUGAGUUCUGCUAGUUAUGAAGGAAAAAUUUAUUUGUUUGGUGGAGUUAGUAUAGAUAAUAAAAUUGUCUAUAUGUCCGAUAUUCCUCGAUAUAGUACUGUCUCAAAUACAUGGUCUUCAGAUGUAGUUACGUUGGCUCAAGGAAAUACUCCAGGACCUAGAGCUGGCCAUUCAGCUGUUUUAGUUGAAGGCAAAAUUUGUAUAUUUGGGGGAAGUUUCAAUAAUUCAUCACCUACAGAACCAAUCGCUAUGUUGGAUACUAGCACCUUAGAAUGGUCAAUAUCUGCAAGUAGUACCGGAUGGAAGCCAAUUUGGAGAAUUUUUGAGCAAGGAGACGAAUUAGAAAGAAAUGAUACGAAUAAUAAGGUUAAUGGAUAUAAAGGAUUAAAUUUUGAUUUUUAUAUAUUUGACUUUAAUAAUUUCGAAUGGUACAUUACAACAACAGAUGAACUUACGAAUCCAUCUGCUAAUAUCCAAAAGUUAUUUUCUUCCAGUAGUGUAGGAGCAAUUAUUGGUUCAUCAGUGCUGGGUGUAUUAGUAAUAGUCGGAAUAUUAAUAUUUGUAUAUUAUAGACGUAAGAAAAAUCAAAGUAAAGGAGAUGUCGGUUAUCCAGCAGAUGAUUCAAAUAUUUCUUAUGAUAAAGUUUCAUUCAGUCAACGAUCAACUUUAUAUUCAAGCCAACCGUCAAUGCAAUGUCAAUUUACAUAUCAACAAUUUACACCAGAACAAUGUAUCUCAAAUAUUGAUAAUUUAACUUAA